AGAAAAAAUGCGGACGCCAUUUUGCGUCGGACGUGUCGUGUUUUUGUGUCUAUUCGAUAUGCUAAAUGUCCGACAACCGGACGAUUAUUAGACUUUAGUGUGUCGUUAUAAAUUUUGUACAUUUUCAUAUUAUUGCACGUCUUUGACAACCGUUUGUUUACUUUUAUAGUUUUUUUUUUUUUUUUUUAUACUCAUUUGAUUUUAUAUUUUUAUAUAUACAAUAUAAUAUAGAACGCUACAAGAUGAGAGGAAAAUCUGAUUUAGAGGAAGACGAACAAGGAAAAUUGUUUGUGGGAGGCCUCAGCUGGGAAACUCAACAAGAAAGUCUUCAAAGAUAUUUCAACCGAUAUGGUGAAGUGAUUGAUUGUGUUGUUAUGAAAAAUAGUGAAAGUGGACGGUCAAGAGGUUUUGGCUUUGUCACAUUUGCUGAUCCAAAUAAUGUAAAUGCAGUAUUGCAAAAUGGUCCGCAUGUUUUGGAUGGUCGCACUAUUGACCCAAAACCGUGCAAUCCUAGAACUUUGCAAAAACCAAAGAGAAGUUCAAGCUAUCCUAAGGUUUUUUUGGGUGGUUUGCCCUCUAAUGUUACUGAAACUGAUUUAAGAACUUUUUUUUCACGAUAUGGAAAAGUUAUGGAAGUUGUUAUCAUGUAUGAUCAAGAAAAGAAAAAAUCAAGAGGGUUUGGAUUUUUGUCGUUUGAAGAUGAUGAUGCUGUUGAUAGAUGUGUAGCUGAGCAUUUUGUCAACCUUAGUGGCAAACAGGUUGAAAUUAAAAAAGCUGAACCAAGAGAUUCAAAUAAAAUGAAUGAUGUUGGAGCCAAUCAAUGGGGCAUGAAUCAAAAUAAUCAUUUAGCAAUGGGUGGAAUGGGUAUGGGUGGCCCAGGUGGACAAAUGGGAGGUCCCAUGAGUGGAAUGGGACCUAUGGGUCCAGGAAAUAUGAUGCAAGGAUAUCAGGGAGGAUGGAGUUCUACUCCUCAAUCUCAGUACCCUGGUUAUGGCACUCCAUCUGGUCCAGGUGGAUUCCAAGGUUGGGGAGCUCCACCUGGACCGCAAGGUCAAGGAAUGGCUCCUCCAACUUGGGGUUCUAAUUAUGCGCCACCUCAACAACCUGGAUACGGUUCAUAUGCUCCUCAAGCACCUCCACAGUCAAGUUACGGAAAUAACUGGAAUUGGAAUAUACCUCAGAACGGACCUGCCGCAGCUACUGGACCUCCUGGACAAACUGGCCCAGGACCUCAAAAUGAUAUGUAUUCUCGUUCUGCUGGAGCAGCACCAGCCACUGGACCUACUCCGCCUGGAACUGCCCCACAGAAAGCUGGUGAUUAUGCUGGCUAUGGAAAUUACACUGGCUAUCAACAGGAUUCGACCAGCUAUGGUGCAGGCCAAACUUAUAGAGGGGCGGACGGCACAGCCGCUGGCCUCGGGUCUGGCGGUGGGUAUGUGGCCCCAGUAGUGACGCCAGUCGUUUCCGCCGGAGUACCGGCGGCGACGUACAAUAACGCGCCAGGACCAACCAGAGCGAAUAAUUAUAAUUCAAACCAAGCACAACCAUACCAUCCUUACAGGCGCAACUGAACGUAUUAUUAUUUGACUGGAUCAUCAAUCACUGGUGACAUUUGUUCACUUAUGCUCCUCGUACUAUUUCUAAUCAUUCUUAUUCUUAUUAAUAAUAAACUACUAUUAUAAGCUAUAAAAUA